CGCACAAGGCACGUGUGCGUCAUCCUCCUCAGAUGGGGGGCGAGCCACGCAAUCGCAAGGGACGAAAAAAUCUCAAUGUUUCGCCAUGGAUGGCCAUAGCACUUGUUUCCUCGUUGGCGGGGAGGAGCGGGCGCGUUGCGGCGAAGCGAUGCCCUGGGUUCUUGACACUGCCGUGCGGACAACAGCAGGGGAGGAAGAGUGGGGGUGCAGCUUGUAGCUCACUAAACCGCUAUUCUUUUCAACGCUCGCUGUCUCUCUGGGCCGUUAGCGGAACGUUGCCGCGAUGUGCCGAGGGUGACGACGGGCAACGAAACCUGGUUGAACCUGCUGACGCGCGUGUGAUGAAGCCACGAUCAUUAGCUCUCCCCGUCAUGACAACUGCUACGUGCAGCAGUAGCAGCAGCACCUUACCGACCACACUACUGCGGGGAGGUGGCGGCAGCACGACCGGGCGGCGAUUGUUUUCGAGUGCUGCCAGUGUUGUGUCGCCGGGAGGGCACCGCGGGGGCGGCGGCCGUGCGACCACCACCGGGCGAGGCAAUACGCAACUGUCGUCGACAGCUGCCGCUGCCGUUGCGCCGCCACAAGUCCACCCUGACGGCAUCACCAUCAUCAAGCCCGACCGCGACACCCGGCAGUACCGAUACCUGGUGCUGCCCAACGGGCUUGAAGUGGUCUUGGUCUCGGACCCGUACACUGAGCAAGCGGCCGCAUCGAUGUUCAUCCGAGCUGGUCACAUGCAGGAUCCUCCGGAGCUAGCUGGGAUGGCGCACUUCCACGAGCACAUGCUCUUCUUGGGGACGGAGAAAUAUCCGGAGGAGGGCGAGUUCGAGAAUUUUUUGACUCAACACGGGGGAUCGUCGAACGCGUACACCGCGACGGAGUCGACGAACUACUACUUCGACGUCAAAUCUUCCCACCUCCGCGGCGCCACGGAUCGGUUCGCGCAGUUCUUCCGAACCCCGCUCUUCGCGGAGUCGGCCAUCGAGCGAGAGAUGCAGGCGGUGGACUCUGAGCACUCGAACAACAAGAACGAAGACACGUGGAGAAUAUACCAGGUGUUGAAAGCGACAGCCAACCCUUCCCACGCCUUCUCCAAGUUUGGCUCGGGAAACUACGAAACGCUGAGGCCGAGACCGGAGGAGGGCGUGGACACGAGAGCGUCUUUGAUCGAUUUCCACGAGACGUACUACUCCGCCGACGCGAUGAAGCUCUCGAUACUAGGCAACGAGGACCUGGACACCCUCGAGGCCUGGGUCCGCGACGCCUUCUCGGAGGUGCGAAACACGAAGCCCCCGGCGGUGCCGGACUACGGGCCGUUUCCGGCGUUCGGGGCGGCCGAACUGGGGCGGCGGGUGACGGUGAUUCCCCUGAAGGAGACGAGGCAGCUGGCGUUGUCGUGGCCGUUGCCCCCGACCAAGGUGUACAAGAGGAGCAAACCAACCGUGUACGUGUCGCACUUGCUGGGCUACGAGGGAGAAGGGGGGCUGCACAACCUGCUGCACGGGCGCGGGUGGGUGUCGAGCCUGUCCGCGGGGAGCAUGGUCACGGGGACAGACUUCCAGCUGUUCCGCCUGAGCCUGUCGCUCACCGAAGAGGGGGAACGGCACACGGACGAGAUCAUCGAGCUCUGCCACCGCUUCAUUGCGCUGCUGAGAUCUGAACCGCCCCAGAAACGGAUCCGGGAUGACCUUGCUGCAAUGAGGGAGAUCGGGUUCCGUUUCUUGGAGAACGGAGGCCCGUCAAGAACCGUCCAAAGCAUCGCCACGACUCUGGGCCAGGAAGACGUUGUGCCAGCGGAGGUGCUUAGCGGUGCGUUCACAGUGCUUGAGUGGGACCCCGCCGCCAUCACUGAUGUGGUGAACAGGUUGACUCCUAGAAACUGCCAGAUACUGGUGGUAUCGAAGAAGGACGAGGAGGAGGCCGAUAAAGACGGGAGCGCGGCGAUAGGGUGGAGGAAGGAGCGCUGGUAUGGGACCUCCUACAAGGUGGAAGCCCUGUCGGAAGAACUGUUGAGAAGGUUGGAGAGCGUCUCGCCUCACGUGGAGGGUUUCCCAGAGGCCUUCCGCCUCCCAGGGGCGAACCCCUUCAUCCCGACCGAGUUCAGCCUCCGCGCUGACGACGCUGGCGAACCCGCUGGCGAUGCCGACGCCGACGCGGAGGCAGUCCGCCGCCUGCUUCCGGCGAGCAUUCCCGCGCUUGCACUCGAGACAGUGCCGAAGGAGGACUGGUCGAGACUGGUCCCGCCGUCUCUCGUGGCCGAAGGCGUGGGCGGGGACGGGGGGCGGGGGGGGGCGGUUAACCUGUGGCACAAGAUGGACAGGUCGUACCGCGUGCCGAAGUCAUCCAUCGCGGCGAAGCUCUGGACGCCCGAGCCGUACGCUUCUCCUAUAGCGGCGAUGCAGGCAAGAAUGUUCGUGAGGCUGCUGAAGGAGGACUUGAAGAGCUGGGCGUACGACGCCGAUCUCGCGGGCCUUCGGUAUUCGUUGGAGAUGACCACCAGGGGCCUGCAGCUCUCUGUCGGGGGGUACAGCAGCACGGUCGCCCUUCUGCUUUCCAAAAUCUUGGGGCACAUCGGAGAUCUCCUGACGGAGUAUCGCGAGCUGGGCGCCCUUAUGGAGUCCGGCCGGGGGGGCGGAGGAGACGGGGCGGGGGUGGGGGUCGGGGGGCACGCGGAGGGGCAGGGUUUGGCGAGCCUGACGGCGAGGCAGGAGUUGCUUCGCCAGCGGUACGAGACUUCGCGGGAGAGCUUCCUACGGUAUUACCGCAACUCGGCACAGGACCAGCCGUACGAGACAGCGGACUACUACGUUCGGCAGGUGAUGGAAGCCGAGGUCUGGCACAUCGACGAGUACAGGCAGGCUCUCGAGGACAGAGACGCCUGCACGCCGGCGGACAUGGCGAGACUCUUCGACAAGAUCCUUGGCCGCAUGCGCGUGGACGUAAUGGCUCACGGCAACGUUGGGAGAAAGGAAGCGGAGGACCUAGCCUCGGCGAUCGCUGACGCGUUGUCGCGGCCGGAGCCGCUCCCGGAGGCAGAGCUGCCGACGAGGAACGCGCUGAGACUGCAGGCGGCCGGGGAGGGGGAGGGCGGGGGGGGGAAUGGCGUCGUCGUCGUGGAGCUGCAGGCGGACGAGGCAGAAAAGAACUCUGCUGUCCAGGUGUACCUUCAGGCGGGUCCCGGCGAGUCCAACCUAGACCUGGCCUCGGCCCUGGAGUUGAUCAACACGCUCGGGUACACAUCCGCCUUCCAGCAGCUGCGGACCCGGGAGCAGCUCGGGUACAUGGUCUACACCCACCUUGAGCGGGGCCCCUCCGGGAAGGUGACGCCGCCGGCGUCGUGGGACGGGGCGGGAGCGGCGGGGGGCGGGGAGGAGAUGCACCCCGGCGGUCCCCUGGCGUGGUCGGUGGUGGUACAGAGCCCGGACAAGACGCCGGCGGAGCUGGAGGAGAGGGUGGAGGCGUGGAUAGCCGGGUUUCGGGACGAGCUGGCGGCGUUGUCGGACGAGGUCUUCCAGUCCACGGUGGCGUCCAUGUCUUCGAGCGUUCUCCGGCGAGAGCGGAGCAUGCGCGAGGAGGCGAGCAUCUUCUUCGGGGCCAUCGCCAGCAGGACGGGCGACUUCUACCGGCGCUACCGCAAGGCCGAGUCCUACCGCCGCCUCACCAAGCAGGCGGUGCUCGACGCGUACGACCAGUUCUACGCGCCCGGCGCGCCCGCUCGCCGCAAGCUGAGCGUCAGGGUCGCCAGCCAGAGGCACGCGCGAGACGCGGAGGAAAAGGCGACGGUGGCCGCGGCGGAAGGGGACUGGGGGCACCGUGGUGGAAGGGAGGCGGGGGGUAGUGGCGGCCCCGUCGUCCUGCGUAGUUUGGAAGACAUCCGGGCCUUCAAGGCUCGCACCCCAAUUUAUGAGUGAUGAUCGGCGUUUUGUUGCAGAGCAUGUGUGUGCAGUCGAAUUUUUUGACGAGAUUUUGACGAGAGAAGAUGCUGGCGUCGUUGUGUGUAGUCGGGGGCGGAUGGGGAUCAAAGUUCGUUGUAUGUAGCCCCUAUGUUGGUGUGCUUGGUUGUCGUCUGUCAGAUUUUUUAGAACGGAGAUGAGAUUUUGUCGACAAGAUUUUGAGGGGAGAGGUGUUGUUUGGUGGGGCGUCGAGAUUUGUUUAGUUGGCUUCGUCAAAGACGCGCACGCUUGCUUCGGGGCACGCCUUUCACCAUCUGUUCGUUUUAUGAUAGAAGACUGUCUCUCUUUUGGGAUAUUUUUUUGGUGAUAAAGUGGGUCGGGUGCUUGGCAUGGAGAGACAGACAGACGCGUGACACCAACCACUGGUAUACAUACAAAGAAUGAGGUUAAAAACGGCUCGCUGUAGAGAAGUACUGUUUUUUUCUGUGAGCCGACCUGUGGGAGAGGUCUCUGAGACCUCACCUGAUGAAGAUUGAGAAGCUG